GCAGUGGCGGUAAAACAUCGAUGUAUAACUGCCGUAAAAACUCGAGGAGAAGAAGAAAAGGGCUCCAAGCAAAAUAUGUCAGAAUGGGUUCUCAAGUGAAAGAUGUCGUGGUCAAGGCGGACGCGCCCGCGUCGCUGCUGCUGGACAAACACGCAGAUUACAUCGCCGCCUACGGCGCCAAGAGGGACGACUACGAGUACACUCUGUCCGAGUACCUGAGGAUGAGCGGGAUCUACUGGGGGCUGACGGUGAUGGACCUGAUGAGCCAGCUGCACAGAAUGAACCGGGAGGAGAUCAUAGACUUCAUCAAAGCCUGCCAGCACGAGUGUGGAGGCAUCAGCGCCAGCAUCGGACACGACCCGCACCUGCUCUACACCCUCAGUGCUGUCCAGAUCUUGUGCUUGUAUGACAGCAUGGACGCCAUUAAUGUGGACAAAGUGGUGGAUUAUGUCAAAGGACUUCAACAGGAAGAUGGUUCUUUUGCAGGCGACAAAUGGGGAGAAAUCGAUACCCGGUUUUCUUUCUGUGCUGUUGCUACACUCUCAUUGCUGGGAAAGAUGGACACGAUAAAUGUUGACAAGGCUAUUGAGUUCAUCUUGUCCUGUAUGAACUUUGACGGGGGUUUUGGCUGCAGACCUGGUUCAGAGUCUCACGCUGGUCAGAUUUACUGCUGCACUGGCUUCUUGUCCCUAACUGGCCAGCUGCACCAGCUGAAUGCCGACCUGCUUGGCUGGUGGCUCUGCGAGAGGCAGCUGCCGUCCGGAGGCCUCAAUGGACGACCUGAGAAGCUUCCAGAUGUGUGCUACUCAUGGUGGGUUCUGGCAUCACUUAAAAUCAUCGGCAGGAUUCACUGGAUCGACAAAGCCAGGCUGCGAACGUUUAUUCUGGCCUGCCAAGAUGAGGAGACGGGAGGUUUUGCUGAUAGACCAGGAGAUAUGGUGGAUCCUUUCCACACUCUGUUUGGAGUCGCAGGCCUCUCCCUCCUGGGUGAAGGACAAAUCAAGGCAGUGAAUCCCGUGCUGUGCAUGCCUGAGGAUGUCUUACAGAGGAUCGGCCUUGAACCCGACCUCCUCAGCUAGCCCCCUGACCCGUCACGCACAAAGAACGCUGCUGCCCCCUUAAACGGCCCUCAGCCUCACACUCACCAACCGUAGCUGGACGCUGGAAGCAGAAAGAGGACCAAGCACGACUGUGUAAGCUCAACGUUACAUGUAGACAGAGAUUUCUCAGUGAAGGAUAGACGGAGCCUCGGAGUUAGCACACCCUCAAUUUCAUCGUUUCACUGUAGCAAACGGGUCAUUUUCAAGCAGAUUUUGCACCAGUUUAUAGGUUUGGAUGUCAACAACAUUCCUUAACUCUUCAGCGUGAUCAUUAUGCAGGUUCCAGUGCACCGUUUCAGUAUUUCCAGCUCUCAUCACCGUCAUCUCGUUUACUCGCCACGUAGGACGUUAACAUAACUGGCGCUAUUUCCUUUGUUGUUCUUUCUAGUUAAAGGGAACAACUUGGAACAGAUUUGGUGCUGGGGAAGAAACGAUUUGUGUGAGGAAGAGAUCAGUCAUGAAUACAGAUGAGGAAAACAAGGAAAAAACUGAAUUAGGUUAUUUUAAUUAUGUUUUGGCCGCUAAAAUCAGCGACGUUUUAGGGUGAUUUUAGUUCAAAGGUGCUAGAUCUUCUUUUUUCCUCAUUUCCUUUGCCUUUUCAUACGGUUCCACAUAAAGCAACCCUGUGUUUGUGCACAAUAAGAGCACGGUAGCGAUCACGCUGCGCUGUGAUAAUGCCGUUCACACCUGGAGACGCAUGGGCCUCUGCAAAGAUGCGUCACUUUACGAAAACAGCCGCAUGAAGAUUAUUGUUUUGGCAGGCUUGGAGGGGGAGGGAGGAGCUUCUCAUCGUGACUGUAAACACCGUCGUGAGUCUUAUCUGCAGUUUCAUGUUCUUAAUGUCUCAUCUGCAGUCCCAGCUACACUAUUUAUUAAAGUCCUUGUCACUGUUUGAUCAUCGUCCACUGAUGAAAUCCUCCCGGUCCUGCAAGGUUCUCCACGGAGGUGACUGUCAGAUAACGACUGCUAGAAAAAGGAUGGGAGAAGUUUGAUCUGUUGCUUAACCUUUUGUUUAUAUUUUUCCAGAGCAAAUAAAUCACAUGUAAGAUUAAAGUUUCAAGUGG